CAAAAUGAGGCCACUCUAGACUAGUCAUGCCAGCAGUGGAUGGCUGUGCUAUCAUGUUGUUCGCCUAUAUCAUACAAUUUGGAGACAAUGGCAGUAUGCUUAAAAGACCAGCUUCAUGUGAAAUGAGCCUGAAAUCAAAAGCCAGUAACGAACUCAACAACAUCCCAGAUGUGGCAAGCUGAGGUGGCCAUUCCCACAAUGCACCUGAGGCAGAUGAAAAACUUUAUAAAGAUCAUUGCGAUCGUGUCGUCAUUAGCCAUUAUUCUCAUUCUAACACAAUCAAAAUGGAUGGUCCCGUUACAGAUAUUCAACCACCGCCACGAGCGUGACUGUAUCAGUGUUCUCUUGCAACGUACCAACAGUAUGAUCACGAAGAUGUCUUGGCACCACGCCAUGCUUAAACAACUACGCCACCUACAGGUCUACUACAGACCUAUUGUCUGUAAAUACCAAGACAGGUUUGACACUUUGAAAACAUUGACCACGUUUGUUGAUAUCCUUGAACGGGAGAAAAUCCCGUAUUUCAUGUAUGGUGGCACGUUGCUGGGUUCCUACCGUCACAUGGGGAUGAUUAUGUGGGAUGAUGACCUUGACAUUAUGAUGAAUGCCACCGACAAGCUACGAAUCAGGCGUGCACUGCUGAAACAACGGCCUGAGUAUGGGCUCGAAUGGAAGCACUUUAUCCGACAGUGGAAAUUCUGGCUGAAUUCGCACAAUCGGGAGCACGUGCCGAGUAAACCAUGGAAAUGGCCGUACGUCGAUAUGUUUUUCUUUCGUGAGAAUUCCACGCACAUUUGGGAUGAGAUUACGUUUUAUAGUGAUAACGUUUACAAGAAAUCUGACGUGUUCCCAUUGUCACGACGACCGUUUGAAAACCUCAUGCUUUAUGCACCAAGAAAUACCUCAGCCGUCUUGGAGAAGACGACCAUUUUAGACGAUUGUAUGUCAGCUGAAAUGAGCCAUAAGACCGAGGAACUGUUCAAUAUGCAGAAAACAAUUCCGUGCUCGGAAUUGGAGGAGUUUUAUCCCUUCACUAAGAGAAGAGUUCUUCCAAGCGGUGGUGAGGAGGAGAUGCUGAUGUACAGGAACAAAGUGCUCAAGACUUUUACUCCGAGUUAGAAACAGGCUUAACAUACUCUUUAUAAUCAAUAAUAUCCUUCUUACAAAAGACAUUGGACAUUUAAUUUGCUCAAGGUCAAUCCAUUGUCUUCUUUGACCAUAUUCAAUUUUUUGGGCCAUUGUGCCAUCCAUGCAAGUUUCAAGCAUUUUGUCCUUGAGAUACAGG